AUGUCCUCGAUAUCUAUUCCCGCGACAGAUGUCGAAUUGACACUCGAACAGCUGGUGAAUGUGAGUCUGAAGAAGAACUACACGCCCAGUGCAUUUGGGAAGCUGUUUCGCGAGUUCAAGCACCGCGUGGCGGCCAACAGCGACGAGGAGGUCGACCUGCAGUGUCUUCUGACAAAUUGCGCUCAAUCCCCCCAGAAACUCCGCUACGUGCACGAAAUCCUCGUGGAAAAUGACUUUACAGGCGCCGUGGAUGGGCUCGCCGCGCUAUUUGGCAAAUACAUGGCGCGGAUCGGAGAGAACGACGAGCUCGCUAUUCUUAUCUGGCUGAGCCAGAUCUCGGCUAAAGUGCCGUGGAAACAGGCCGUCGACAGUCCUGAAUUUGUUGCGCAAUUGACUGCCUUUGUCAGGGGCAGCAUGCAGCCACAAACCAGCCCCAAAAAGGCCCUGAUGAUUGCGAAGCUGUUGGUGCAGGUGCUAAAGAGUUGUCCGGGCCCAGACAAUUCUUGCACCUCCUUGGUGCAGCAGUAUCUCGAGUAUCUGGAGAAACACCACGACACGGCCUACCGCUUUCUGAGCAGCUUCUUCCAGAGUUACAAUCUGUCCACCAUGCAGAAAGACUACACUAUGCCCGCGCAGGAGCAGACGGGCCGUGUGUCGAGAAAUAUUAUCAAGGUGUCGAGACUCAAGAAAAUCGUCUGGCUGUCGCACCAGGUCACUGUGGCGUUUUCUCCCGUGAGCGAGGCUUUCUUGCAAAGUUUCAAGGGUCUGCUGAACCUGUCUUCGGUGGCCACGUCCACGACAAACGUUUCGAUCGCGUUCGAGCUCACGGUGUCUCUAUUCGACGGCCUUGUUCUGAGCACUUACAAAACCCAGCACAUAUGGGAACACUUUAUUGUGUCGAAACUGCCGGAGGUGUUUAAGCUGCUGACCAUCAGCCAGCAAAACCUCAGAGAUACACUAACGAACGCGUUUGAGACUAUUAAAAAUCACGACGAGCUUAAACAGAAGCUGAUGGCUGUUCUGGCCGAGUGCGAGCUCGUGGCUGACGUGGGGGCCGUGCCGUCCGCACAGGACGACCUAGCGCGAUUUCAGACGGUGUUUGAGGACGCCAAUCCGGAGUUUGUGUCGCUGGAAGAGUCCGGAGCGUGCGAGCUCGUGAGCUCUGUGAGCACGCUGGCCGGCGAGCGGCAGCUGGCGCAGCUGGUGACGGAUACUAUAGCCCGUUUUGUCCAGGAGGAUGACCACGCACGACUGAAACGGCUACUUGUGGCGCUGACAAGCGUCCCGCGCGUGCUGGACGGCGUGGUGCUGCACAGAAACCCGUACAGCUUUGUGCAACCUCUGGUGAAAUACCUCGACGCGUCGAUCGACCGCGGUUUCGACCAGGAUGCGAUGGACGUCGACGGCGACUCGUCCAACCUGCAGGACACGCACGCGAACCUGGGAGCGCUGCUGCUGUUUGUGGCCUACUGCGGUUUCCGGUACUCGCUGAAUCUCAAGCGUGAGCACGCCGGCUCUGAGGCCGUCAGAAUAAUGGCAGACUGGGACCCUUUGCUGGAUACGGCGCUCAUGAAGCAACUGCAGGAUCCUCAGUCGAGCAUCAACACAGUCAUGAGCGACUGGGUAGCCUCGCUCUUCGAUACCAACAACACAGACGGCGUUUCCGACGAGCUGCUCAAGAAAUCUGCGUCGGUGCGCGAAUACUACGUGGCGAUCCCGUGCGUGGUGGGCCAGGCCGUGCGCGCGUGCCAGCUGGGGAUGAUCGGAUUUGACGACCUUGUCAGCGGGCUCGAGUACUGCCACCAGCCGUUCUUGCUGCCGACGUUUCUGAACGUCGUGCGGCACCUGACUGCGCUCACGUGGACAGAGCCCAGUCUCGAAGUGUCGGUGUGUGGGCAGGUUUUAGACAAGCUUGUGGGCGCCGAGCUGGCGGGGGAGCUGCGCGUGCUGCACGGGAUGGUGGUGGAGAUUGCGAACGACGACCUAUACAAUUGUGGCAUCAGGUCUUCCGCGGUGCGACCACCAGCACCGGCCACGAGACUCGAGGCUCUUAUCGCGUUUGCGAUCGACUCCGACGCCUCGCAGACGUUCGAGCUUGUCGACGUGUACCGGAGCGCUGCCGGACAGCAGCUGGAUUUUUUCCACCGCGAGCUGGGCCGUCUGCUGCAGGAACAGACGCAGUACCAGCCGUCAUUAUUUGAGCCGUUGAGCUACGAGCUGGUGGCCACGUUGAUGAUAAACUACGCGUCGUGGUGCGUGCCGGAAACACUGCAGAAGUGGAUGGCAGCGUCCACGGACCCAAUGGCCAUUUACAAUCGCACAGGCCGCGCGAGAGUCAAGAUCGAGCAGUCUCCAGCAGAGGACGAGAUGAACGACUCGAACGACUCGAACGACAAACUGGGCGACAUGACGUUUGACGCAAAUCUGUUUGGCUUUAUCGAGGAGGCGAAGCUAGACGAGUCCGAGCCGCAGGAGACGCCCGAACAGCACGGCCCGGACCUGUUCCAGGCCAACAUAGCGGCCAUUGCGCAGGAGUCCAGCACGCUGGUUGCAACCGUGAUGAAAAACCUGGCUGUGCGGUACACGCACGACCGGGAAUAA